UUUCGCAUGUUCUGAAUGUUGUAUUUAUCUUCCAAUUUCUGCUGGCCAAUCUGGCAAAAGGUGGUUCCUGACAGCAAGGAGGCGAAGGAGGAAAACCCUCUUGACCAACACAAUGUAUACUUCGCGGAGGCCCACCCUAACCCCACGAGCAACUGGUCAGCCAAGCUCCUGGAGGUGUUACACAUCCCUAACCUGAUGCACCAGGACGUCCCCAAUGUGCCACUGGACUACUACACCUGUCAGUUCAAGAAGUCCAAGCUGCAGAGGUUCUUGGGUAGCGACGACCAAGAGAAUUUCUUCGAGGACACACAACGUCAUCGCAUCCUCGGUGAGAUCCUCUCCACGACUGUCUACGGGAAGAAAAAGCGCGCGGAAAUCGGCAUUGAACGUCUGAUCGAUGAGCACGGUUUUGUGGCUGCUUUCCCUCUACACAGUGGUAACUACGAGAUCCCCGACGCAAGCAUCGAGCCGGAGCUGUUGAACAAGCGACAGGUGCUGCACAAGUACUGGGCCCGCUGGGGCUGUUGGUACAAGUACCAGCCUCUUGACCACAUCAGGGAGUACUUCGGGGAGAAGAUCGGCAUCUACUUCGCCUGGUUAGGUUUCUACACCGCCUGGCUCCUGCCUGCCUCGGUCGUCGGCGUCCUCGUCUUCCUCUACGGCUUCAUCACGUUCCACAGUAACAUACCGGCAAACGAUGUGUGCGACAGCGGCAAAGAGUUCAAGAUGUGUCCAGUGUGCGACGAGGACAUCGGCUGUGAGUACUGGUACCUCAGUGACGUGUGCCUCUUCGUUAGGAUCUCCUACCUCUUCGAUCACCCGGGGACAGUGUUUUACGCCGUCUUCGUCUCCUUUUGGGGGGUGAGUUUCCUUUUGUGGUACAAACAAACAAACGUUUCCCGCCACCACCAGGAGCGACCCCGCCCAGACUACGCGGCGAGAGCCCCAGAGAUCAAAGAGAACCCCAUCACCGGCAUCAACGAGCCGUACUUUGACCCCGGCCAGAGACUACCCAGAAUCCUCUCCGGCAUAGCCGCCAUCAUUAUCAUGUGUUCCUUACUAGUAUUAUUAUGCUUUUUCUUCCUCUUAUUUUCAUCAGAAAUGCACCGGACACAGACAGAAUUUGAAGACCAGCUGACCUUCAAGGUUUUCAUCUUCCAGUUCGUCAACUUUUACUCCUCCAUUAUCUACGUGGCUUUCUUCAAAGGAAAGGUUAUUGGAAAAAAAUUGAAAGGUUACUGGCACCGUUUCAAGACGCGUCUGGUGAAGGGUGGCCAGGUGUCUCGGUGGGAGGACGACUAUGAGCUGAUCGAGAACGAGGGACUGUUCCAGGAGUAUCUGGAGAUGGUUCUCCAGUUCGGCUUCAUCACCAUCUUCGUGGCUGCCUUCCCGCUCGCCCCUCUGUUUGCCCUGCUCAACAACUGGGUAGAAAUACGCCUGGACGCUCACAAGUUUGUCUGUGAGACCCGGAGACCCGUGGCAGAGCGAGCCCAGGAUAUUGGCGUGUGGUUCACUAUACUGGAGUCUUUGGCGCAGCUCGCGGUCAUCAGUAAUGCGUUCCUCAUCGCCUUCACCUCGGAGUUCCUGCCUCGCCUACUGUAUCAGUAUGAGUACGAGUGGGACCUGCAUGGCUACACCAACUUCACACUGGCUGUGUCACCCAACAACACCCUGGACGAGACUUGCAGGUACCGAGAUUUUCGAGAUGAGAAUGGUGACCACACGAUGUUCUACUGGAAGCUUCUCGCUAUCCGACUGGCUUUCGUCAUUGUGUUUGAGCAUGUGGUAUUCGGAAUCUGCCGCGUCAUUGACAUCAUGGUUCCUGACGUGCCGGAAACGCUGGAGCUGAAGAUCAAGAGGGAACAUUUCCUGGCCAAACAGGCGCUCGCAGACACGGACACUAUCAUGAUGAUGGCAAGAAGGAACGACGAGGACGAUGCAGACGCCAAUCUGGCACCGGAUGUGACGUCAAAUGCAUAGACCCGUGGAAUCUUCAUUGCUCCCGGAGAUCCGCCAUAUUGUUUCUGAGUGCAAUGUUUUGUUACCAAUCUUUACCUACUGAUAAACUCGAAUGUGAUGAAUCUUUCUUACAUGCACCGUGUGUAGAGAAUUUCCAAUGCCAGUUACAAUCAGAACAAUGCUCAUCUUUUUUUUCCUCCGGUUUUCAUGGGUGAAAGAUUUUUCGUCUGUCCCUCGUCAUGUGGUUCCUGCUGACUUAUGUCAAAUUGGAAUUUAAAGGAAUCUGACUAAAUGCAUCGGCAGGAAUUGGCUGGUCAUUUUUUUCUCAAAAAAGAAUAAAGCGGUUUUAGGAGUUUCGAGAAAAGUAGCAUGAGACAAAAAAAAAAGGAGUUUCGAGAACACUUCUAGAAGAGAUAUCCGGUUGCUUGGAGGGUGAUGAUAUCCAGAACAGCCACGAAGUGCAUCCGCAUCACUCAAUAUUUUGGCGCUUUUGCCAAAAGCCACGCAUGAUUCCGAGGAUAGCAUAAUUAUUUAGGUAGAUAAAUUACACUCUCAUUGAUACAAUAAUUUAGAUCAAGAACUGAUGCAUUAACAACAACAAUAACACCGCAACACAGAGGGCACAAAUACUGUCGUAGGUACAUGAUUCCUUUUCAAGUGACCGGAGGAGGAAAACAAAGCCUAUAACCUAUCUUUGAGCCUGCCUGGCGCUUCUUGUGUCGAGCUCAAGAUGGAUAUGUUGCUCGAACCUGUAGCUGGAGUCAGGAUAAUAAGUCAACAGUAAUUCUAGUCUUUGGUUCGUGUCAUCAAAACCAUUCACAUCCUGUUUGCUGUGAUGUCACUAGAUCUAAUAUCGAGUAACUUUUAAAGAAAAGGAACGAUCGAUGACGUCUACACAUUCUGUCGCGGGUUGUUUAUCAUCAGACCUUCACCAGAGAGACAAAGCAUAGGUAUUAAAGUUUCUGGAUUUUAUCUGGGGGCAUUCUUUUGGUGUAUUAGCAAUUAAUAUUGUCAGGGAACGCACAAAAAAGAUAUUGUGUUAAAGCUGGGUUCAAUCAUCUUGUCUUAAUUUGUAUACCUAUUGAGGUAUUUAUCAGUCCUUUACCCCGCCUCUUAAAUUUGUAUACGUCAAUGCUUUGGAUAAAGUUGAGUUUCUUUUCCGUUCGCUUCCUUAUCAUUAGAUUCCCUCCCCUAUCAUUAGAUUCCUUCCCCUAUUAUUUAAUUCCUUCCUACGGCGUCUUUAUAAUAAUGUGUCCCUCUUGUGUGUCCUCUGGUCAUCUAAAGUCAUUCCGGACGAAGACAUUCCAUGUGCACGUUUUGCCUCCACUCAUCACUGCCAGUGUGGUCUAUCUGUGCACUGAACAUUCAGAUCUGUCUUUGAGCGAAGAACAUUCACCAUCGUCUGUUUGUUUAUCUUAUUUAUAACUUUUAUAUAAACUAGUUCUUGUCAUGUACUACGUACUAUGCUUACUGUCGGGAGUUCAAAACUGUAGGGACUUUUUUACGAUUCUUAUAACUUUCUUCUGUCUGGGGGGAUUUAAGAGUUUAUAUUUAGUGUGGAGUUGUUGGGGGUUUUUUCUUCCCUCGUUGAUCGACUGCUCACGGACCCUCUCCGGUUAUGCCAGCAAUCAGUUCAGGACUAUAAUGACCAGUAGCGAAUUAAGUGAGAUCUUCCUUAAACUGAGCUGAGCUGUUCGUUUCGGUAAAGUCCGCCUUCACUCGUAAAAUUAUUUAUUUUUAAUAUAGGCCUACGUUCAUGCCAUUCAAAGACGACGAUUGGAAUUUUAUUUUUAAAAAGUGAGAUUUACGUCGAUGAAUACAGAACAAAAUGAUCACCAUGACAUUAUCAGCAAAGAGUUCAUAAAUGUCAGUGCUGUUUGAAUUUGAAACCCUAGUAGCACUGAACAAAAUCUUGAGUGUCGAACAUUGUGAAAAAGAAAGUUUAAAGCAAUGUCUCAUCAAUGUAUCGAUUCUCAGUAUUGGUUAUAUACACGAUGAAUAUAGAGAUAUCGACAUCAACAAACAAAGAGAAAAAAGACAUUGGCCUGGGCAUGGAGCCGAUGUCACCAACAUUCCGCAUUCUAGGUUUAUCAUCCUAAUGGCAGGCAGUUUACACGUUCUCUGUGUUGCUUUCCGAAGCUAAAGUUGACUCUCUCUUCAACCAACAUACUACAGAAGCUCUAGUGAAAGGAACUAAAUGAUAUAGCGUAUGAGCUAAUGAUCUUGUGUUCUGUUUUAUCUGUAUUGUCUAAGACGUUGGACAAUGUUGUGCCAAGUGUAAGGUUCUUUUCGGUUGAUCUCAUAUAUUUUUUGCUUUGUUUGGUUUGGUUUGGUUUUUUAAUUAUUGUUUUUGUAUUUCAUAUCAUCUCAGUGACGUUCUGUUUGAUUUAUGCGUUUUCUUUGUUCUUUUCUCAUAGCAAAAUACCCUGUAGAAGGCCACCAAUUUUAACUGUCUUUUGCCAAAGUUUUCAUAUCGCAUUUCAGGCUUUCUCUGGGCUGACUGGCCCUAUAAGAAAGUUAAGCUGGUCCCGUGAUACGCUUGUACAUAACGACAUAACAACUGUGGUAGCCAAACAUGUUGGGAGCUGGAAUGAGAACGA